GGAGCCGCGGCGGCGGCGCAGCGGGGCCGCCGCGGGGCUCGGCCGGGACCGCGCAUGGCGGAGCGGCGGCGGCGGCGGCGGGGCCCGGCAGCGGCGCGGACACAGGUUGCAGAAUCAGCAUGUCUCUCCAAUAGUUAAAAAGACAGAAGCCGUCUCUGCCAGCCAAGAAACCAGCAAAGAUAUUUCACAAUGGAUGUAGACGAUGAAGAAAACAUGAGUUCGAGCAGCACCGACAUUAAAGAAAACCGCAAUGUGGACAACGUUCCCCCCAAGGACAGCGCCGGGCAGGGCCUUGGCGAGGGGACCCCGCUCUCCAACGGCGGCAGCAGCAGCAGCAGGAAGAGGCCUCUGGAGGAGGGCAACAAUGGCCACUCCAAAUUCCGCCCCAAGAAGAGGAAGAAAACGCCCGGCCCCGUUCUGCCAAAGAACGCCCUGAUGCAGCUUAACGAGAUCAAACCCGGUUUACAAUACAAACUGCUCUCGCAGACGGGGCCGGUGCACGCCCCCAUGUUUGUGAUGGCGGUGGAAGUCAACGGGCAGGUGUUCGAGGGGUCUGGCCCGACAAAAAAGAAAGCCAAGCUCCACGCUGCCGAAAAGGCGCUGCGCUCCUUCGUGCAGUUCCCCAACGCCUCGGAGGCCCACCUGGCCAUGGGCAGGACUCUGUCGGUCAACACGGACUUCACGUCCGACCAGGCCGAUUUCCCCGACACCCUCUUCAACGGCUUCGAGACGCCCGUCCCUUCCGACGCUCCCUUCUACCUGGGCUCCAACGGGGACGGCUCCUUCGGCUCGGGCGGCGACUACGGGCUGCCAUCGUGCGCCGUGGCCAGCAGCCUGUCCCAGUCCCCCCUGCCCCCGGCCUCCCCCUACCCCACGGCCAGCGGCAAGAACCCCGUCAUGAUCCUCAACGAGCUGCGCCCCGGGCUCAAGUACGAGUUCCUGUCGGAGAGCGGGGAGAGCCACGCCAAGAACUUUGUCAUGGCCGUGGCCGUGGACGGACAGACUUUCGAAGGGUCGGGAAGGAACAAAAAGCUGGCGAAAGCUCGGGCUGCUCAGUCAGCCCUGGCUUCCCUGUUCAACAUGCAGCUGGACCAGACUCCCUCUCGGCAGCCCAUUCCCAGCGAGGGGCUGCAGUUACACUUGCCACAGGUGUUAGCUGAUGCUGUUGCACGCUUGGUUGUAGAUAAAUUCAGUGAUUUGACAGAAAAUUUCUCAUCUCCACAUGCACGUCGAAAAGUCCUUGCUGGAAUUGUCAUGACAACAGGUACAGAUGUGAAAGAUGCCCUGGUAAUAAGUGUUUCUACAGGAACAAAAUGCAUCAAUGGUGAAUACAUGAGUGAUCGUGGUCUUGCAUUAAAUGAUUGCCAUGCAGAAAUCAUAGCUCGGCGGUGUCUGCUGAAAUUUCUGUACACACAACUUGAGCUUUACCUAAGCAAUAAAGAAGAUCAGCAAAAAUCCAUUUUCAUCAGGUCAGAGCAAGGCGGGUUUAAGCUGAAGGAGAAUGUGCAGUUCCACCUCUAUAUCAGCACAUCUCCUUGUGGUGAUGCUCGGAUUUUCUCACCCCAUGAGGCAGCACAAGAGGACCAAGGGGACAGACAUCCAAACCGCAAAGCCAGAGGGCAGCUCCGGACCAAAAUCGAGUCUGGGGAAGGAACCAUCCCUGUGCGCUCCACCACCACCAUCCAGACCUGGGAUGGGGUGCUGCAAGGGGAGAGGCUGCUCACCAUGUCCUGCAGUGACAAGAUAGCCAGGUGGAACGUAUUGGGUAUUCAAGGAGCCUUACUUAGCCUCUUUGUGGAGCCAAUUUACUUCUCUAGCAUCAUCUUGGGGAGUUUAUAUCAUGGGGAUCAUCUAUCCAGAGCCGUUUACCAGAGGAUAGCAGAGAUAGAAGAUCUACCACCUCUUUAUACACUCAACAGACCUUUACUUAGUGGUAUCAGCAACGCAGAGGCCCGCCAGCCAGGGAAAGCCCCCAACUUCAGUGUGAACUGGACAGUGGGAGACUCAGGCCUGGAGGUCAUUAAUGCCACCACGGGCAAGGACGAGAUGGGGCGCGCGUCGCGCCUCUGCAAGCACGCCUUCUACAGCCGCUGGAUGCGCAUCCACGCCAAGCUUUCCUCCAGCUUGCGCUCCAAGGUCCUCAAGCCCAACCUGUACCACGACACCAAGCAAGGAGCCACGGAGUACCAAACUGCUAAAGAGUGUUUGUUUAAAGCAUUCCUGAAGGCAGGACUGGGAGCCUGGGUGGAGAAGCCCAUAGAACAGGAUCAGUUUUCUCUCACAGUCUGAUUGACAAACUGCACAUCACUGAGGAAGGGGAGUUGUUCUGGAGAUUCCUGGUGUCCAGCGUUGCUUUCUGGCAUCUCCACAGCCGUCAAAACAUCCCUCUGCUCUUUGGAGUUGGGUUUCUUUGGGUUUUCUUUGAAACUUCACAGUAGCUGUUUCUGUUUUGCCUAAGUAUUGAAACUCAAUGAUGAUGCAACACAUAAUUGUAUAUUUUGUUAUAGGAAAGUAAUUUCUGGUGUAUUUCUAGAAAUACUUUUACUGUAGAAAACUUGCAGUAAGGCUGUCCUUACUGUAUACAAUGACUCAUUUUUUCUGGGUUAAAAUAAUUUCUUUUAUAAUUCAAUGUCAUCAAGUGCAUGAAGAAAUUAAUAGUUUCUCUAGGUUUUACACCACACUUUUAGGAAGUAGCUUAAUUUUUAAAAAAGAAGAUAGGUGACAAAGCUGAUUCUACUCCUCUGUUAACUUGUUUUUCAACUGCAGAUAUUUUUAGUACAUAGACCACAGAGGCGGAAUGGAGUCUGGACAGCUAGUUUUUUUUCCCAAUUCCUUGCUCUUUAAAACCAGCUGCUGAAAAUUUCAUGUCUUUGAUGUAUGUAUUUAUUAGUCUGUGAGCCAGUUUUUAACAUGCAGCUUUUUAUUCUGUUUUUAAAAAUACAUUUACCUCCCAUUUAUACCCAUUGUGAAGUCUUCAUUUUUUUUACCAUUGUAAACUGGAAACAUCAAAAUAAUUAUUUGUAAGUUAAAAAGUUUAGUCUAUCACAUGCAGAAGCCUGUUUAGAAGUAGAUGAUUUGUGUCUCCCAGGAACUCAUCUGAAUACAAUCUUAACUGUAACAGCAAUGUAACAGCUUUAAAGAAAUCUGCUCAUUUUAAGGGCACCAAGCCUGAGUUGCCAAAACCAGUGACUACUUGUUGGGUAUUAAUUGCUCUCCUCUAGAAACUCUUGUAACAGAGAAACCAAUUCUUAAAACUUAUUUCCUGUGAGUUAUAUCUGCUUUCAGCCAAAUUGUUGUGUCUGAGAUUCCCUUUUGCCUUUGGGCUUUACAUGUGUGAUGGGCAUCAUGAAGCUAAUUAGGUAGGUUGCCCUCAAACGUGUGUUCAUCUGUUCUGACUGUUCCUUUAACAAGUGUUUUUCCUGGAGGUGUGGACACUUGUGCUUUAUGUAAAAAUGUAAGAUGGAAGCGAGAUACUGAGGUUUGAUGAACUGCCCCUGGGGCCAGCAAGUCCUUGGGGUGCUGAAGACUUUAGCCAGAAGUGGGUUUACACCAAUCAUGAAUCCAAAGGCAUUUCUGCUUGAGUAGGAGCCUGUUCUCAGCUUUCAGGACCUGAAAAUCACUUGUGCAUGAGUUGGAGUCUCUAGGUUCAUGUCCUGGGAGGAAGACACUGAGGUGCAGACAGUGCAUUGGGGUGCUGCUGUGGAAAAGCAAGCAUUCCUCUGGGAAGACAAGAGAGGCUGUGACCCAGGGCUCCCUCAGGGAAUUGGUGUUUCUGGAGGUUAUUGCCUUUUCCAGAUGCUGGGGAGGAAGCUGCAAUAGAAGGGCUGGAUUAAUUCACCUUUGUGAUGGCUUCAGUCACCUCAUUGAGCUUCUCAUUAAAGCUGAGAGCACUCCUGUGGCCUCUGCAGGCCAGCAAGGCCCUUGGAGACAUCAUCCAAUCCAGGUGCAGACUGACCUCUUCCAAAACAAAGGAAUUCAGUUACAUGUGGUCAGAUUCUGCAAGAUCUGGGGCACCAAUCUUGGGAUUGACCUUGUCUUGGUCACCCUGCAGAAGUUCUGUUUGGGGCUGUAACUGGGUGUGUGAACGUGUUUCUUUUUCUGAGGAAAAGGUGGUCAAACUGUGUGUGUUUCCUUGGAGUCAUUGCUGCUCUCAGGUGAAAUACACAUUUUUAAGGGACUCAUUCAGAAGUUGGCAUCUCUCUGAUUUUUUUCGAGGACUAGGAAAGUAGUAGCUCAAACUAUUUUUUUUAUUAAGUCAGAAAUAUGAACAAAAUAUUUAAAUAGUAUUAUAGACCUAGAUUUUUAGCUGUUGGAAUGAACUAUUAACAUUAAACUAUAAUGGAAAUAUAUUCCAUGCCAGAAUCUUUUGACAAAGGAGUUGUGCCAGGUUAUUUGUGAGGAAAAGUUCUCUUGUUGGUAAUUCUGGGAUUUUAAAAAGAAGCUGUCCAGGGUAGUCUGUCUUGUAGGAGUCAAUAAAAACUGCUUGGCUUCCUUCAAUCCCUUGUUCCUUCUUGUGCAGCUCACAGUGGAAGGAAGUAGGGAGAGCUCCCUGGAAAUCAGUGUUACUGGGCAAGGAAGGAUGGCCAUGUAGGUAAUCUCAAGUGGCUGCAAUAAAGAUCAGACACCUCAGCCUCUGGCAGCUGCCAGGUUUUGUAGGAAACCAGCUUUUGGAGACUGAGGCUCUGGAAAGCCUGGGCUGGGUAGGUGGGAGCUGGCCUGCACAGGGAGGUUGUACUGCUGCUCUGGGAGCUGCUUCUAUUCUUUUACUUUUUAUUUUUUUCCCUUAUAUUUGAUUGAAUAUUUAUAUAAUUAUUUUGAUUGAAUAUUUGCAUAAUUGAGUAUUUGUCUCAGGAUCUUCAAAGGACUUAGAGUAACAACUUUAAUGUUGAUGAAUACUUGAAAUUGAAUUUAAGGUGUUUUUUUCUCCAGAUGGCAGUCUGGCUUGUAGUAAAGUUUUAUAGGUUAGGUAAAUAGAUAAUUUUAAAUAUAGAUGUUUAAAAAAAAUUAUAUGUAUAUGUUCUGCAGGAUCAUUGUAAGAAAAUCUGGGCCUAAAGGUUAACACUUGAAAUCUUGCUUAUGGCUGUACUCAGGACUGGUGAUAACUGUAGAUUAUUUACUGAUUGUGUGAGUGUUGUUGUGUAGGAGCUUGUUAGCAGUGGGGGUGUCCAGCUGGCUCUGCCCCUGCAGCACCUGGAGAUGGGAACAGGGGCUCUGCUGCCUUAGGGAUGCACAGCAGUGAGGUUUCUGUACAGCUGGCAAUUUCCAUUUUCUCCUUGUCUUGGAGAAAUCUUUUCAUGGCUGGUCACUGCACAGGCAGCUCUGGAGAGGAAGAUUUUUGUGUGCAGUUCCUCUAAAUGUAAGAGAACUAGCAGCUGAAAGGCUCAGGGUCAGGGAACUGGGAUUGCUUUUCAUCAGUGCAGCUCUGGAGAUGGGCUGGGAGAGCUGCAAUGUCUGUGCAGGCACACAGUUUGUGGUGAUUGGGGCUGGCCCAGCCUCAUCCCCAGCGGGCACAGCUGUGCAGGACAGGUGAAUGCUGUUGAAGGGAACGAGCCAUGGAGUGCCCAGGGGCACUGACCAACCACCAAAGGGAACAGAGGGCACACAGGGGCAGGGCAGCAACAGCAGGGGAUAAAAGGCUGGGCUGAAGGACAAGAAGGGCACAUGCCUGGAGCCUGCUGAAGAGGUGUGGUGUUUUUCUGUAUGGGCAGGUGCCUGAAGCCUUCAGAAGGGGUAAGGAGUUACUCUGAAGCUUUCUGAUAUUGUGUGGUGAUACUCUGUGUGUGGUGGCUGUCUCACUGUGACAUUGCAGUGGCAUGUGCUGAGACAGGGCUGUUCACCAAAAGAGAAUCUCAGGGGAGGCCUUGGAGCUCCUUCCAGAGGGGCUCUAGGAGAGCUGGAGAGCACCUGGAGUGCCAGGGUAACAGGCAUGGCUACAAACUAAUGGACAUUAGAUUUUGGCUGGAUAUUGGGAAGAAUUUUUUCCCUGGGAGGGUGGGGAGGCCCUGGCACAGGGUGCCCAGAGAAGCUGCCCCAUCCCUGGAAGUGUUCAAGGUCAGAUUGGAUGGGGCUUGGAGCAGCCUGGGACAGUGAGAGAUGUGUCUAUCCAUGGCAGGGGGCUGGAACUGGAUGAGCUGUAAGGUUCUUGCAAACCAUUCCAUGAUUUUGUGAUGCCCAAGAGUGCAUGUAGCCAAGGAACACCCCAGAACUCCCUGUGCUCUCAGUGAUAUGUGCUCAAGUGAAAGCUGUUGGUUCUGAGUGUUUGGGAGCAUGAGGCAGAGCCUGUGUCAGGGAGUAGUGCUGCCUUUGGAAACCAAGCUCUGGUUUUAGAAGAAUUACUAGCUAGGAAUUGAGAAUGUGUUCUAAGAACUGCUUAGUCAUGGUCACCACAUAAGUAAAAUGUUGAGGUUUUUAGAUAUCAGUAGUUUUCAAAAUAGUUUUAUGUCCAUUCCUUAAAUUAUUGUUUGGAAGGCUCAUGCUUGCAGAGAAGCUGCACUUUGAAUUCUUUCCAAUUUCAUCAUCAUUAACUGUCCACUGUGAAAAUUAUCCCAAAGUUUACUGAAAAGGAAGGAGAGCUGCAAUUCAGGUAGAGAGUCAGAACCAAAAUCUGUCAUGUUAUUUACAACCUAAGACUCCACAGAAAUAAAAUGUAUAAAAUAUAACUAUUCUGUCUCAGAAUCACUGCCUGGGUUUUGUUGGGUUUCUUUGUCCAUUUUUUAAUUUGUUUUCUAUUACUAAGUGUUUUCAGUUGAGCUUCAAUGUUUCCACCUGGACUUUGUGUGCUCCUGUUGGCAGAGGAGGUUGUGUUUAUCCUGGGGCUGGAGCUAGCAGAGGCACAGAGGUUUCUGUGUGUCCAUCUGAGGCUCGUUGGGCCUGCUGUUCUUCCUUUGUGCAAACAGCUGGAGGAUUUGCAGCAAUUUUGGGUUGAUUCCCUGUAGGAGAAGUUGUGUGGGUCUCUGGGCAGGCAGGCUUGGUGUUUGGAGCUGCAGGAUGGGGGGUUCAUCCCUAGGCAGGUGUUUGUCCCUAAAAUGGGAUGGACUCUGGCAGUUUUCCCUCCUCAGUGCAUCCACUGGCAUCGUGUGCUCGAGCCCACACAGGGCUUCCCAUAAAACUGCUUUUCCUGGGAAUAAUGCAAAGCAAUCAUCAGGGGCUGCAGGAACUGAGCUGGGGCUGGAGUUCUGGAGCUGGCCGGGCUGUGGGGCCCAGGGAGGGCCCACAUUCCUUGUUGGAUCAUGUCCAUGUUCUGUGUUUUUCUGCACCUUUCAGCCAAAGGCCUCUCCCACUAGAAUGGGUAAUUAAUUGCACCCACAGCGUCUGUGUUUGCAGCAAUGAGUUUUGUGGGUAGCUGUGCUUUGUUUUCUUCAGUCAUUCCAGAAGAGAGGAAUUGAGAAAUCUGCUGUGUUUGCAGCCACCUCAGCAGAUAGAGCAGUUUAAGUAAUACCUGUUCUCUGGAGGGGAAGCUCCACAGUUGGUGUCACUGCCGUGUUUUUAUGUUUGUAAUAUCUUCAUCACUAUCAUACCAGUAUCAUUUCUGUUGCAGUUUGGCUGAGAUGUCCUCAACAGGUUUAAGAUGCAAUGUGUGUGUAUGUGAAUAUGUAUUUAUACAUCCCUGUGUAUAAUAUUGCUGUAUAUUAUUUGCAUUGAGCAGUUACUCUUCCCUGUGUGACAGUGCAAACACAUCAGCUUUACCUGCCUGGUGUAAGGUUAUUAAAGAACACUUUCAGAUACUGUCCUUGACACUUUCUCCAUUCAUAACCCCAAAUUUGAAGAGGAGACCUUGUUAUACCUCUGGUUUGUCACUUUCCUUCCAGCAUUUCUGUCCUCCCAGUGUCACUGCUGAAGCACAACCCCUUGGUCGAUUAUUUUAAGCAAUGACUGUUUUGCAUACUACCUUGCUUUGUUUAAGUAAUGUUUGUACAGAGAUUUCAAAAUAUAAAGAGCUAUAUAAUUG